AUGAUCAUCGAUACUCUAAACUUCACCAUUCCUUUUACUUCUUGGAUUGGGAUAGCCAGCCCGCAUGUCGAGUUUCCCGCCCACUCAGCAGCACUCUCGCCAGCGUUCGGUCAGGCUAUACUGUCCAAAUUAUGCAUAACCAUGUGUGGUAAGAAACAGCAUGGUUAUGCAUGGUGGACUCUAGUCCUUGAUGGCCCACCCCCCUUUUUGUACACCCUCGGUGGGACACGCCUUAUAUCCCCUGGUUCCCCGCACCCCGAAUUGGCAGGAGAUCGAGAUUUUACGUUCGCCGUACCUUUGAUGGCCUACCACACCCCGAAUUGGCAGGAGAUCGAGAUUUUACCAAAGGCCAAGAAGAUGGCUUUCAAGAUGCUGAGUGCUGUCGGCUUCCACAGAAGAGCAGAAGUUGCGUACGCCUUGUGGGGCGAUGAUAGCGAUUACAGACGGAAGGUUCGUGGUCGUUGA